UGCCCUAAAUUCGUGGGAGGAAGCAUUGGAAGGGCAGACCGCCGGUUUGGCUACAGCCGACGUCGAUUUGAACGCAGGAUUGGAGCGCUCCAUGGAACAAGCAAUCUGUUAAACUCCGAGCUAGGGCUCGAUUCGAAUCCAUUCUAGGAGGCGAGAAAGAGGAAGAAGAUGCCAGGUUCGACGGCGGAGAUGGAGCCGGUAGAGCCACAGUCACUGAAGAAGCUCAGCUUCAAAUCCCUAAAGCGCGCCCUCGAGCUCUUCUCUCCUCUCCACGCUCACUUCCCUCCUCCCGAUCCCGAAAGUAAGAAGAUAAGGAUGAGCCACAAGUUUAAUGUUGAGUAUGGAGGCAUAAAAACCACAAGUAGUCAGCCCUUGUCUCAUGCCAAGUCAGGUGCUCAAGAUCAGGCCCAGCAAGCUUCUGUUCCUACGAAUGCCCUAGCCCUUCCAGGUCCUGCAAGUUCCAAGGAUCCAGGGAAUGGAGGAGCUCAUUCUGAUUUGAUUGUUGGUCCAACAACACAACCAAAGGGACUUGAUGGUGGUCUUUCUGGGAAAAGCACUACCACAAUUUCAACUUAUACUUCAUCUGAAAGGAAUCCUUCAACUUCAGCCCUUAUAGAAAGAAUUCCUAGCAAAUGGCCGCGUCCAGUAUGGCAUCCUCCAUGGAAAAACUACAGGGUGAUUAGUGGUCAUUUGGGAUGGGUGAGAUCUAUUGCAUUUGAUCCAAGUAAUACAUGGUUCUGUACUGGUUCUGCAGAUCGCACAAUCAAGAUAUGGGAUGUAGGAAGUGGAAAGCUAAAGCUCACACUGACUGGGCACAUAGAACAAAUACGAGGCCUUGCUGUCAGUAGUAAGCACACAUAUAUGUUCUCUGCUGGUGAUGACAAGCAAGUCAAAUGCUGGGACCUUGAGCAGAACAAGGUUAUCCGUUCUUAUCAUGGUCAUCUAAGUGGAGUUUAUUGCUUGGCUCUUCAUCCAACUAUUGACAUUCUGUUUACUGGUGGUCGUGAUUCUGUCUGCCGGGUUUGGGACAUUCGUAGCAAGAUGCAAAUUCAUGCACUGUCAGGGCAUGAGAACACAGUUUGCUCAGUUUUUACGAGACCUACGGACCCACAAGUUGUAACUGGUUCUCAUGAUACAACUAUAAAGUUCUGGGACCUCAGAUAUGGUAAAACAAUGACAACUCUUACGCACCAUAAGAAAUCCGUGCGAGCAAUGGCUCCACAUCCUAAAGAGAAUUGUUUUGCAUCCGGCUCAGCUGAUAACAUAAAAAAGUUCAGCCUUCCAAAGGGAGAAUUUAUGCACAACAUGCUCACUCAGCAGAAAACCAUCAUCAAUACAAUGGCAGUCAAUGAAGAGGGCGUAUUGGUUACAGGAGGUGAUAAUGGAAGUCUAUGGUUCUGGGACUGGAAGAGUGGUCACAAUUUCCAGCAAUCGCAAACAAUCGUACAGCCUGGUUCGCUUGAUAGUGAAGCCGGUAUCUAUGCCCUCGCAUAUGAUGUUACUGGUACGAGGCUAAUCACUUGUGAAGCAGACAAGACGAUAAAGAUGUGGAAAGAGGAUGAAAAUGCCACCCCUGAAACUCAUCCUCUCCACUUCAAGCCGCCUAAAGAUAUCCGAAGGUUUUAACUGUCAUCUCUCCUAAAUGUCAGCAUCUUCUCGCCUCCAUCCUCUAAGAAUAGAAGGGUAUUAAAAGAAGAAAAAAUAGGAACGCGUUCAUUGAAGAUGACUUACCAUGUGCUAUCUUAGCUUGAUUAGUGGUGGAAAAGAAGUGGUAGCUUUUAGUUUUUUCUCCAAAAGACCUGACCGAC